UGGCCACUAUUGAUUCAGGUCCGGCGUUCCGCAUAGCGUGGGGAGAUUAGCGAAUAAUCUCAGGUGGUUGGCUAUUAUUAUUAUUGUUAUUAUCCUUUUCACUUUUCCGUUGGGUACACAUCAUCAGGUCAUGUCAUUGCCACUCACUCCUGGAUUCUUUCUUGAUGCUGGGCAUUGGAUUGAAUUCCAAUUCAACUCGCUCACUGGAUUAUCAUCUUACGCCCGACAUGACUUGAUGGCUUUUUAUUUUUGGAUCGAAGGACUAUUACUAUCCUUGAUUAUAUCUGUUCAAUUAGUGAUACGUAUUGACACAUCUAUGCUUGUAUAGUAUUUUCGGAUAUAUAAUGUAUUAUCAUUAUGUGAACUUUGACUAUCUUCC